AUGCUUAUGAUUCAUGGUGUGACUGACUGGCAGAGUGAGUCAAACCAGCAGUCGAUUACCUCGACAAUUUUCUCUGCAAUUUUGCAGCUUCCUCUCGACCUCCCGGCUUCCCACAACAACUACACGCCCCACCUCCUGGGGCCACCCAACGUGGGAAACAAGGUCCAGAAGUACCGCUUGCUUGUCGGCGUUGGCCUGAUCUGGAGGGGCUCUCGAGAGUUGCCUCAAAUCCUCCUUCCAGACCUAGAUUUGGGCUGCUGCCGUUGGGCCGGCCGUAUAGAGGAUGAUCUCCAGGCCGGCGUCGUGUUGCCGGAUCUUUUCGUCGUUGCCGGCACGGUUGUCAACUACGCCCUAUAUGUUGGCAAGCCAGAUGCCGCACCGUUGGAACGCUGCGCGCCACUGCGCUGGCGUAAGAGUCCCCUAGUCGCUGACGAUGGCCAAGGCGUCGAUCUUGCCGGAACGCUCCUGCGGAUGAACUUUGUUAACGAGAUUGUGUCAAAAGAGGGCGCCGAGGUCGAGAGGAGCGGACUCAUCGACAGUAUUGUUCGUGGUUGGGUCAUGCAAGAAGCCAUCAACGGGACGCCCAUGACUUCGUCAUCCCUGGAUCACUGGAGAGUCCACUGUUACAUUGACGGCCUGUUGAACGACAUCGGUCGUCUCAAGAGCCAGCUUGCCCACAAGAGCGCCUCAAACUCUACUUGUGCGCCGCCAGAUGACGUGACGACAACAACGACAACAUCUCAUAGUACUGAUGACAUCGGGAACAGAGAGGUAUUACUGGCGCCGACGUGCGCAAAGGGAGGCGACAAUGAAGAGCCAACGGCGGCGGCGGUGGCAGCGGCGGGCGCAGCAACAGCAACAGCAACAGCAACAGCAACACUGGAAGUGAGACCGUGGUUCAUCAACGCCAACGUCUUCCGAACGCCCAUUCUCAUCGGCGAGGUCGCCGAUGCUGCUUUCUCGACCCGCUUCCGCCAGGUCAUCUCCGACCCCUACGCGCCCCAGCCGCGGCACAUUUUCCGCGUAAACUACGCCCCCGACGCGGAGCUCAUGGCCCUCGUCAAGUCCUCCGAGGUCGCCUGGCCCACGCCCUCGCGGUCCCGGUUCCUCGUUGAAGUAGCGCUCAAGUACGUCGUCCGCCGGCACCACGUCGUGCGGCGCAGCUCCGUCAUGGAGAACCUCGAGCAGAGCAUACACAACCCGUCGUGGGGCGACCUGAUGCUCAGGUCGAAGCUGUGGGCGCUCUUUGCGAUCGGGGAGCUCUAUUCGACAAGGUCUAUCCCCUCGGAGAAAGAUUUCCCUGGCAUGGCGUACUUUGCAAAGGCGUCUAGGGUCCUCGGUGUGCUUGAUGAGCGCCCCGGGACGGAUUCCAUCGAGAUAAUGCUGCUUCUCUCCUUCUACUCUCUGGCCCUCAACCGUCGAUACAGCGCCUUCGUCAUGUCCGGCACGGCGAUGCGCAUGGCCAUCGUCAUGGGCCUACACCUUAACAUCCCGGAAUCCCAGCUCCGCGACCCGGGCCUGCGCGAGCACCGGAAGCGGCUCUUCUGGACGACCUACAUCUUUGACCGGACCUGGGCCUCCAAGCUGGGCCACCCGACCGCCAUCCAGGACAGCGACGUCGGCGUGGACCUGCCCUCUGAGCUGGCGCACGGCGCCGACUUUGAAGAUACCGCGUACCACGUGGCUAGCCUGCGGCUGGCGGCGUUAAUCACCAAGACGGUCCGUUCCAUCUACGGCCAGCGCACCCAGGGAGAGGCGACUACCCUCUCUACGAGGGUCCAGCAGGCGCUGAAGGAUCUGAGGGCUUGGGUAGAGGAUUUACCCGCCCAUUUGCAGAUUGAUUACGCGGGCACCGGGCCGAAACCCACUUCCCUCCAUCUCUCCUUUAACCAGUGCGCUAUCCUGGCAACGCGCCCGAUCCUGCUCCACAUACUGCGAACCCAGGUAGCCUCGUGGCCGUCCACGUCCCCAGCGGCCGCGAUGGCGCCAGAGACACAAGUCCCCGCGAGCGCCAUCACCCUGUCGGAAGCGUGCAUCCGCUGCGCGCGCCACUCGAUUCGCCUCCUCACCGACUCGUGGAUCGAUGGGUCCUUUGCCACGUUUGACUACUUUUACACGCAGUACCUCUUUUCCGCGCUGACGAUCCUCGCCGCCUCGAGCCUCCUUCAAGGCGGGCCGGAACCAAAUGAGAGCCGCCGCAGUGACGAUAGGGAGGCCUUUGAGGAGUCGGCCAGGUUCCUCUCGCAGCUACGAGACGCGGGGAACUUCGCCGCGCAGGAGUAUUGCCUUCAUGUUGACGUGAUGAGGGCGGAACUCGAGAGGUUCUACGCGAAGCGUAGCAUUGACCGACUGACCACCGAGCAGCAGGCCUCCUCCUAUGAUGGGAUACCGCCUCCACCCGGCCUCGGCCCCGGCCCAGCGAUGACAUCGCAAGUCGGUCUCGGCGGGCUGCCCGUCCGAGCCGGAGCCACCACAGCGGGUAUGGCGCUAACGGAGCCGUCGCUAGAAGAGCUUUUGGCGCAGCCGGUGUUGGAUCUGCAGUUCUUGGAGGUGUCGUUUUACGAUGACUUGCAGGGGCUAUACUGGCCUGACUUUAGCGGUGAGAAUUGGGAUACUUGGGCUUCUAAUUGA